UCGCUAAAACGAAAGCAAGUCAUUUCGACGACCGCCAAACGUGUAAUACAUACAGAAGAUAUGGAGGACUCUGCUUUGGACUUGGAGAGGCAUGACUCCUUCCACGACAUGUGGAUGGAUUUAAAAGAUAAUGUUUAUUCCGCUUUGGAGUCACCACCCAUCCCAGUUACUUAUCCUGAUGGGAGUGAUGUUCCAGACGAGGCUUGGGUGGACCAGAGCCAAAUGCCUUUAUUGGACUCGCAGACGUACAAUCAGCUCAUUUCUGAGCUUCCAGUGGACAUGCCUCAGAAAGACUGCAUCCUCCCCACGUCCUCCACUGUUCCUGUCACGACUGACCACCCAGGGGAUUACCAGCUGGAGCUUCGUUUUCAGAAGUCUGGAACCACCAAGUCGGUCACCUCAACCUUUUCCGAGCAGCUAAACAAACUCUUCUGUCGGCUGGCAAAGACUACUCCAGUAGAGGUUUUGGUCAGCAGGGAGCCGCCUCAGAACGCCAUUCUCAGAGCCACAGCGGUUUAUAAGAAGUCUGAGCACGUGGCUGAAGCUGUGAGGAGAUGCCCCCACCAUCAGAACAAGGACUCAUCUGAUAACAAAAGUCAUUUGAUCCGCGUUGAGGGCAGCCAGCUGGCUCAGUACUUUGAGGAUCCUUUUACCAAGAGGCAGAGUGUGACUGUGCCUUAUGAGCCCCCGCAGUUGGGCUCAGAAAUGACGACCAUACUGCUCAGCUUUAUGUGCAACAGCUCCUGCAUGGGGGGCAUGAAUCGCCGUCCUAUCCUCACCAUCCUGACCCUGGAAACCCCCGAGGGUCUCGUUUUGGGGCGGAGGUGCUUCGAAGUUCGUGUCUGUGCGUGUCCGGGCAGAGACCGGAAGACUGAAGAGGAACAGGCGAACAAGAAGGAAAGUGGCUCCAAACAGACCCAAAAAAAAAGGAAUCUGGCUCCCAACACCUCCUCUCUCACAACUCCAGCCAAGAAGAUGAAGUCAUCAUCCAGUGGAGAGGACGAAGACAAAGAGAUGAUACCGCUAUAUAUUCAAGGACGCAAAAAAUGGAACCUGAUGAAACGUAUAAGCGAUGGGUUGGACCUGGUGGAAAAAGAGAAAAAGCAGCUGUUGGUCCAGGAAGUCCUCCCUACAAGCGGAAAGAGGCUUCUGAAGAAGGACCGGAGUGACAGCGAUUAGACCUCGGGACCAGAUUAUGCAACGUCAUGUUUUGUUCUCUGAGGCCGU